AUGUCGCUCACAUACUUCCAAGAACCAUUUGAGGAAUCAUGGUUAUGGACAGAUGGUGGAAUAGACGAUGAAAAACAAGAUCCUGCGCUUUCACGUCAACUGCACAAGACUUUACGCACAAAGUUUCUCUGGCACUUUGUGCCAACCUUCUUGACAGUCCAGGGAACCAUACAUGAGCAACCUUUCCUCAUCUAUGCUUCCGCUAUAUGGGCUUCUCACUGGCCAGAAGAUGCCACUUAUGGGGAAAAACCAUUGCAUAAACGGACCGCUCUCCUCAAACGAGUAAUUUACCCACCAGAGUUCAGCAGCGGCGACUUUGACAUUGAAGACCUGGAGUUACAUUUGGGCAUGGAUAGAUAUGAAGCCCAUGCCAUGAAGAAAAACCGAGUUGCUCAAGUCAAUAUUCAAAGCUAUCAGCAAACUCUGCGUGAAUAUGCACCCCAAGAAGUCGAAACCAUGUGGUACCAUAUGUUGAAUGCACGUUGA